UUGCUGAUUUCCGCCCUCAGAACUGGCAACCCGCGCAUGUCUCUGAGGGGGCGGAGCCAGUCCAGUAGUUUCUGGAAGGAACCUCAUGCUGCACCAUGGACAAGGUUUCAGGACUAAAAGACCAGGGCAACAAGGCUCUCAGUGCAGGAAAUAUUGACGAAGCGGUACGUUGCUACACUGAAGCCGUGGCUCUCGACCCAUCAAACCAUGUUCUGUUCAGUAACCGCUCAGCUGCUUACGCCAAAAAAGGCAAUUACGAGAAUGCUCUCCAGGAUGCCUUGCAGACCAUCAAGAUCAAGCCUGACUGGGGCAAGGGUUAUUCCCGCAAAGCUGCAGCAUUGGAGUUUCUUGGCCGGUUGGAGGAUGCUAAAGUAACCUAUCAGGAGGGGCUUCGCCAAGAGCCAAAUAAUCAGCAGCUAAAGGAGGGGUUACAGAACAUUCAGGCCCGGCUUGCAGAAAAAUCAAUGAUGAACCCGUUCGCCAUGCCCAACUUGUAUCAGAAGCUGGAGAACGAUCCUCGGACCCGUGAGCUCUUAUCAGAUCCCACCUACAAAGAACUCCUGGAGCAGCUCAGGAACAAACCAUCAGACCUGGGCACGAAGCUGCAGGAUCCAAGAGUGAUGACUACACUCUCUGUGCUGCUGGGACUCAACCUCUCUGAGAUGGAGGACGAAGAGGAACCCACUCCUCCACCUGCUCCCAAACCCAAAGAGACUCAGCCACCUCCUCCCAAAGAGGAAAACCUUCCUGAAAACAAGAGAAUGGCCAUUAAGGAAAAAGAGCUGGGUAAUUCUGCCUAUAAAAAUAAGGACUUUGAGAAUGCGCUGAAGCACUAUGAAGAGGCAAUUAAGCACGACCCUACCAACAUGACUUAUUUAUCCAAUCAAGCAGCUGUGUAUUUCGAGAAGGGGGACUUGGAGAAGUGCAGAGAGCUGUGUGAGAAGGCCAUCGAUGUUGGGAGAGAGAACCGAGAAGAUUACAGACAAAUUGCAAAAGCUCUUGCUCGAAUUGGCAACUCGUAUUUUAAGCAGGACAAAUACAAAGAAGCAGUCCAAUACUUCAACAAGAGUUUGACAGAGCAUCGCACUCCUGAUGUCCUGAAGAAAUGUCAACAGGCAGAGAAGAUAUUGAAGGAGGAGGAAAAACUAGCCUACAUCAACCCUGAGUUGGCGCUUGAAGAGAAGACCAAGGGGAAUGAAGCCUUCCAGAAAGGAGAUUACCCCUCAGCCAUGAAACAUUACACAGAGGCCAUCAAGAGAAACCCCAAUGAUGCCAAACUGUACAGUAACAGAGCCGCUUGCUGUACCAAGCUGUUGGAGUUUCAGCUUGCCGUGAAGGAUUGUGAAGAAUGUAUCAAAAUUGAGCCCACUUUCAUUAAGGGGUAUACCCGUAAAGGAGCUGCUUUGGAGGCUAUGAAGGACUUCACCAAAGCUAUGGAUGCCUACCAGAAGGCCUUAGAGAUGGAUUCUUCCUCAAAGGAAGCCUCAGAGGGCAUUCAGCGCUGUAUGGUCAGUCAAGCCAUGAGGAAUGACAGCCCUGAGGAUGUGAAGAAGAGAGCCAUGGCUGACCCUGAGGUGCAGCAGAUCAUGAGUGACCCAGCCAUGCGUAUGAUCCUUGAGCAAAUGCAGAAGGACCCUCAGGCACUUAGCGACCACUUGAAGAACCCCGUUAUUGCUCAGAAGAUACAGAAGCUCAUUGAUGUUGGACUGAUAGCCAUCCGCUGAUGAGAGACAGCAACCACAUGUGUGAACAAACUCCAAGACAACAGUGGAAUAACAUGCAGAGCCCUCAGAAAUAUUGCAUCUUCCCUUUUCUUGCCUUUUAAUUGAAAAUUACAGUAUAUUGUCAUUGGUCUCACUGGGACUUGGUAUGUAUGUUGUUGUAUUUUUUUUUUUUUUUAAACCUGGUUCACAAUUUUUGCAUUGUGUUUGGGGGGGUGGUGGGGGCAUCUUGUAUGUUUUCUGGAAAACGUCAACACUCCAGUUGAACUCACAUGUACAGAUGCUGUAAUACAUGUUAAAAUAAACAUCACAAUGCAGUGUUCUUUAUGCUCACUGUUUUUAAAGGGGAAAUCCAUCCUAACACUGCUCUCAUAUUCCUAGUGAUUCACACUUAAAGCAGGAUCAAUAAUUGGGGGAGAAAAAAAAAGAA